UUCUUAUUAGAAAUGUCAUGUGUUGAAUUAACCCGCGCUAGAGUGUGAUUCUUGAGUUUGCCAAAGAGUUGUAUAGGAAAAACUAUAAAGUUUAAAAUCAUUCAAACUUGCAUUUUAUCGUAUUCUAUUCGUCAAAAUAUGGCUCAGAAUGCUGAUCUAAUUAAACAAGCAAUGUUUGAGGAAUUGCAAAAAAUUCUUAAUCCAGACGGUGAAAUCCGGAGACAAGCUGAAGAAAGGUUGGCUCAGCUUAAAUUUACAGAAGGUUACGGAAUUUAUCUAGCGGAAAUAACUAUUAACCAAAACCUUGAUCUAGCUUUCCGGCAACUUGCUUCCGUUAUGUUGAAACAGUAUGUCGAGGACUGCUGGGCCGCGGGAGGAAGUGGGGAUGAAAGCUCCGUUGAUGGUGUUUUAUUGGUGAAUUCCGAGGCAAAAACUGCCAUAAAAACUAUACUUCCUCAGGGACUGUAUGACCCGAAUAGUAAGAUCCGCAGCGUCGUGGCUUACUCCAUAUCGAACAUUGCAUCGUACGAUUGGCCAAAUGAUUGGCAAGAACUCUUUGACAUCAUUGUCCAAUGUCUAAGUGGAAACGAGAACUCGGUUCAUGGAGCCAUGAAGGUUCUGGUCGAAUUCACAUUGGAUUUGGACAAGCAAAUCGUUGAAGUUGGUCCGAUGAUCCUUUCCGAAGUGUACCGAAUUUUCGCAGCUCAGACUGUGUAUAGUGUUUCAACUCGAAGUUACGCCGUCAGAAUCCUUAAUUCUUUGUUGCGCAGUAUCAACACGCAUGUCGAGUCUAAGCAGGAUCAGGCAAACAUUUUGAACCCAACACUUCCGACAUUUAUGCAAAAAAUGAUUGAAGGGCUUACCGUACCAAAUGGUUUGCACAGCAGUUUCGAACUUAAAACAGAGAUUGUAAAAGUUCUUAAAUACAUGACAUCUGACAUGUCUAAGUUUGCUAGUCAAUAUCUGUCUGCAAUUUUGCCACCAAUCUGGCAGCUUCUAACUCAAAUGGCCGACAUUUACAUCAAAGUGAUCGUAAACGAAACGCAAGAAACACCUUUUACUAGCAAUGCGGAAGGCGAUGAAAAUGAAGACUUCAUUUCCAUGAUUUUGCAAAUAUUCGAAUUUUUGCAUACCAUCAUAGAAAUGAAAAAAUACAAAGGUGCCAUUACAAAUGUUCUGACGGAUUUGAUCUACAUAAUUAUUCUAUACAUGCAAAUGACAGAGGAGCAGGCGCAAAGUUGGCACGACGAUCCGGAAAAAUUUGUAGAGGAUGAAGAUGAACAAGGGGUUGACUUUUCAAUUCGAACCACUGCGCAUGAUGUACUGUUAGUGAUUGGUCAGGAGUAUGAUCAAAAAUUAUUACCUUGCUUCUCCGAGGCGCUUGGGAAACACAUAACUGUGGCCGACGCCGAUCGGAAUGCUGGACAUCCCAACUGGUGGAAGUUGUAUGAAGCGUCUAUGUUGGCAGUAGGUUCCUUCAAAGAAAUGAUUAUUGAAAAUGAUACAAAAUUUGAUCUGACUCAGUACUUGAAUCUCGUCAAAAGCAUUAUGGAGUAUCAGCUUGCUAAAGGCACUAAAGUAUCACCUUACCUCCUGGGACGUUGCUUAUGGAUUAUCAGCCGUUACUGUGACUGUAACAUAUAUAACCAGCAAAUUCUACAGCAAGUGGUAGACAUAACUAUCAGUAGUAUGUCACCAGAAAAACCGAUUGUUCUACGAAUUACCGCUGCAAGAGCGAUUUACGGAUUUUGCUCGAAUCUUCGAGAAUGCAAUGAUGAACGUAAGGCCUAUCUUGUCACAAAACUGGAACAAUUUUUUGAUUGCUUGAUGCCUUUGUUCAGUCAAUCGCAAAACACGGUUCAGGGCCUACUGUUGGAAACAUUAACAGCAAUAAUUGCGUACGACGCCGAAGUAACGGCAACAAUAUCCGGUAAGGUGGUAUCUCUUACGAUUGCCAUGUUUCUCAAGUACCACGAUGAUCGCUUUAUACUAGAGCUGGUUCAAGAUAUUCUGAAAAUUCUCUCGCAGAAUCCGUUUUGUUUGGUACCCUUGCAAGAGAAAAUUAUACCGACCAUCGUCAGCAUACUUAACUCGGAAGGUGAAGAAACAUCCACAAUGCAGGAUAUUGCCCUGGAUAUCCUGGGAACCGUAGUGAAAUAUUCCCGUGGGCCACUUAGUGGAAAUAUGGUUGAGAAUGCGUUUCCUGCUGCAGUGCAUUGUAUCCUGCGAACUGAAGACCACGCAGUAAUGCAGUCCGGGGGUGAAUGUCUGCGAGCAUUUUUAACAGCCAAUCCAGAGCAAAUCUGCGGGUACAAGAAUGGUGAGGGACUAAAUUACAUAAUGGAGGUUACAACUAUGCUGUUAAAUCCCAUGAACACAGAAUCAACUGCUGCCUUCAUUGGGCGAUUGGUCAUAACAAUUAUCACAAAAGUCGGAAACCUUCUUGGGGAGAAUGUCGAUCUGCUGCUGAAAGCAGUCAUUAGUAAAAUGCAGCUUGUUGUAUCACUUAACGUGAUUAUGAGUUUAGUUAUGAUUUUCGCCCAUCUUAUUCUUGUACAAAUGGAUGCCGUACUGAAUUUCCUAAGCACCGUGCCUGGUCCAACAGGUGAACCAGCUAUGACAUUUGUAUUUGUCAAUUGGCUAAGCCGACAGCACAUGUUCUACGGAUCCUAUGAACGUAAGGUUAGCACAAUGGCACUCUGUAAAUUGUUUGAAUACGGUGUCACGACCAAGGACGAGAGGUUGAACUCGGUUAUGAUUAAAGAACCUGUCGUCAAUAUCCAACAAGGGAGACGAACUCGCUCGGCUACUUCGAAAACGAAUCAAGAAUGGGUCGACGUUCCAAUUUUGCUAAAAAUCUUUAAAUUGUUAGUGAAUGAGCUGUCUAAUUUAAAGGAGGCAAAGGAAGCGCUGGCAGAAGAAAUCGAUUCUGAUGAAUCUAGCAGUGCAACAGACGACGUCAAAGGAAACAACCUUGUGGCCUUGAUGUUAGGUGAAGAAGAUGAGGAAGAUGAAGAUGAUCAGCAAAUGAUGCAAGAGCUGAUGCAGAAUCCUAUGUUCCAAUGCGACAUGCAAGAGUAUUUGGUAAAAUUUGUACAAAGCUUCAGCCGAGAUGAACAUUUUCUUGUGUUUUUGGAAAAACUCGAAGAUGCCGAAAAGCUGAUUCUUAAGGGAUUUGGAAUUAAUGUUGCUUAAAGUAGUACCAGUCGAUAUUUGUGUAUAUUUGUUACGUUAUGUUCAGUGAUGUAAAUAGCUGUUAGUUUUAUUUGCAUGUAAAUGAUACAAUUGAAACCCGAAUUAAA